AAAACACGGAGCAAGGUCUCAGAGGCGGUCUGAUUGACGAGAAACACUCCAGACUAUUGAACAGAAACUCCCAACCUCGUCUUCGAGCGAAAUAGGACCAGGCCCUGGCAGCUCGAGCAUCCCAAGAUAGCCGGAGCAGCGAUCCACUUUCGCACUCCACGAGACAACCUACAGUAUCAUCGACUUCCACGUCGCAGUGCCCUCCAUCCCCAUAUCCCCAAUUCUCAUGCGGUCAAUGUCCCAGUGCAUCCUUUCUCCGUGGUGCAGAUGCAGGUGCAGGUGCAGGUGCCCUGCCAGUCCAGUCGUGAGGGCCCGUGCCCCAGCCCAACCAGCCGACUGGACAGUCAUCAGCUGCACGGGCGGGUGGGCGGGCGGGCACCCGUCAUGGAUGAGAACCUGUCGUUUUUCCAGGAGACGACAUCCUUUUGCGCUCGUUGUGGCCCCGCAGACGCCGCCAGGAUCGGCCAUAUGCAGGCAGCGGAAUGCGAUUACGGGAAAGCUAUUGAGCGCCGCGCCCCGCCGCGCGCUUCGGUCAGGAUCGGAUGGAUACGUACUUGAGGAGUCGGUGUGGGUCACAGCGGACGAUACGCCGUCGACAGGCCUGGGAAGGUUCGAAGCAAUGUUGAGGGCCGCUGGGAUGCGAAGCAUUAGUUCCCCCAUCCUCGGGCCGAUACCGAUUCUUUCGUGGUCGGCGCAGCUGCAGACGACAUUCGAAGCUUGUUGACCUGCACUCGUUUCCUACGCCCAAUGGCUCCCCAGGUACCUGAGAUCAGAGCCGCCGGGGAGAGCGAGGUGACACCCGUUCCUUACGUCGUGUUGUCUGAGUCCGGUCGUUCGUCAGAGCAAGAGCAAGCAAGUGUUUGUCGGAUCGUCUUUGCGGAACGAGCGCGAUACCAGCGUCCACAGGUGACGAUAUGCGCGACAGGCAGGUCUCUUGUAUGAGCAAUGCGUCGCCAUUUACAGUUUUAUGGGGCGCCAUUCGAUGGCCUUGGAAGCUGGGAACACGAUACCCACUAGUCAAGUUCCGUACCAAGGCACGCUCUGUGAUGGCAGCGCGGCGACUGUUUGUGCAUGCACACAUCUGAAGGCCUUGAUUUACGGGGUCAUCGUGUGGAGAACGGGCUACUCGAACCUACAAGGGAUGCCGUGUCGUCACAGAGUCCACAGUAUCGCCGUGUCCACGGCACACACAAACGUUGCACCCGAUCGACACAGCCACCGGAUCAUUCAACAACCAAAUCCGAGUCCCAAUGUAUAUUUAUGCCCCACCGACCGACUCCCAUGUUGCAAGUUACGGCCGCUGUCAGGUAUAUGCCGCGUCUACGCCGCAUCGAGACGUAAUGUGUCCUCCACGAUGGGGUCCCGUUUCCCGGCGCGCGAUUGCCCAAUUCAUCGGGAGCGACUCUCGAGUACCUUCAUGAUCGCACCUCUCUAUUCCCCCGCGGGCGCUUCUCCGGUGCGCAAUGCAGCGCAGAUCCCGUGGAGCCUAUCUGGGGUGCGCUUCUUUGGCUAUCUGCCGUGCGAUGCGUGCUUUGUGCAUAUAAAGGCGUUCUUUGGGGACGGCCUCAGCCCAGUCGAGCCACUCGGCCACUGCACAACUCGCCUCACAUCACAAUCAGCCUCUUGCUAACCCACUUUCUUCUCUGACCCUGCACUGCCCGAGUUGACCUCGAGGCCCCUCACUCCCACCCAUGCGACCGCGCCCCCAGCCCCAGUCCCAAUCCCAGACCCAGCCGCUCCCCGACCUCACGGGGACCCGCAUCGCGCACGGCCGGCUGCGCCUCCUCGCGUGCAUCGGCCAGGGCGGCUUCGCGCGGGUCUACCGCGCGGCGCGCACGGACGGCGGCGCGCCGUGCGCCGUGAAGUGCCUGCACGGGCCAUUCGCGGCGGCGCUGGCGCAGCACGAGCGCGCGAUGCACGCGCGCGUCGCACACGUGCCGGGCGUGCUGCGCGUCGUCCCGGGGUUCCUCGACGAGAAGGCGGCGCCGCCGGGGACGCUCGUGCUGGAGCUGUGCGCGCGCGAUCUGCUGCAGGCGAUCACCGCGGCGGCCGGGGCGGUACCCCCGGGGCGGGCCCGGGUGCGGGAGACGUUCGUGCAGCUGCUGGACGCGGUGCAGGGGUGCCACGCGGCGGGUGUGUUCCACCGGGACGUGAAGCCGCAGAACGUGCUGCUGGGCGCGGACGGCCGCGUGCGGCUCGCAGACUUUGGGCUUGCGACGACGAGCGAGAGGUCCGGCCAGUUCCGGUGCGGGAGCCGCGCGUACAUGAGUCCCGAAUGCCUGCGGGUCGAUUGCAACGCGGACGUGUACUCGACGCGACAGACGGAUCUCUGGGCGCUGGGCGUCGUGCUGGUGAACAUCGUCACAGGCCGGUAUCCGUGGAUGUGCGCAGACGGCUCGGACGCGCGGUUCGUCGCGUUCAGCGCCGAUCCCGCGGCGUAUCUGCAACGCACGCUGCGUCUCACCCGGCCGCUGGUGGACCUGCUGUGCCGCGUAUUCCAUCCGGAGCCCACAGCCAGACCGAGUCUCGCGGAGAUGCGCCGCGGUGUGCUCGCUGUGCCGAGCUUCGCCGCCGACGCCGCCGUGUCGAGAGACGAGCGGGCGGUGGUGGUUUGUUCCGGCGGUGAGAGCUCGACGAUGGAUGCAGAGCUGCACCCGUCCGUGCUCAGUCUGAGUCACUUCAGUCUGUUCACGAGCAUCCUCUCCGUCGCCACUUCCUUUACGUCUGAGCUCCCGCCGGAUCAGGAGUCGAUUCGCGGGCGAUCUGAUCAUGAACUUUGCGCUUGAACUUUGAGGAGCUCUGGCUUACGUGUACCAUCCAAUCGGCAUCUUGUUACCUGAGUAGGCACUCGGGCUAUCCGCUCGAUUGCUCCGUCGAGACGCGUUCGCCAGCUCGUGCUUGACGAGAAUCAGUCUAUGUCUCAUACUAAUUGUAAUCAGUCCUCCGAAUGAGGUCAUCAUGUGAUAUAUCCUGCGAUAUGUAGAAAUUAUACAUGCGAGUAUUCUGAAGCGUCAGCAUCAAAGUAGCUGCAUUCUUCAACCGCAAAGAAACAACAAGGGACUGGAGACGACAGGCGACUGCCAAGGACGCUUAGCCACGAUUGAAUAUCGACCUACUGCGCGGCAUACCCUAUCAUUCGUCGCAGAUGCUUCAACAAUCGGAUCGACGCUGCAGUGCUCGCACUCAGACCUAUCCCAACUCACCGGGGCCACACUUCCCGGUAGAGUACGGAACAGCCGUCACGUCGGCACGUGAAUGUGACACACGCGCUUAAAUCACAUUGAAAAAGUCAUGCGACGAGGGCAGCCAAGAAGAGGAUGGUAUACAUUUGCUGCAAAGUCGACGCUAGCCUCGGUAUCUAUCUAUGUACAUGACAUGACUCUGCGGGAAAGCAAGACUGCGGUGUGCCAAGAAAAGAAAUGUGCUGCAUACUGUACGAUUCGGUUCGAGCGCGGCGGAGAGCGCGGCGGGUGGCGAAAGGGUCGGUAGCACAACAAGAAAUUAUACGCGGGGUGGAAUGUACUUAGACUGGAUAUACAUUGUUCGUUUCGUUCUGUCGGUGUUGGUUGCUGGAUAGACAUAUGUCGGGAGAAUAGGCCGGGGGGGAUAGUGAUAAAUUAGGAUGCUGUCUGUUACCGCGAUGCUCAGACGGAUGUUGUCCUUGUCGUCUUCAGGCGCUCUCAUCGAAUGGGUAUCUCAUGCUCAUCAGCUGAAGCAGCCGGCAGGCCACAUGAUAUUUUCAAAGUAAGAACCCCAUCCUCCAUCGCCGCUACAAUGUCGUCCGCCUGCCGGGGAGGGAGCGUUGGCAUGGCACACACGACAAACGGUGAGACGUCCCAGACGCGGAGCAAAAAACGACGCACCCUGGUAUCGGGCGGCACGGGGAACGACCGGCUGAAGCGCCCGUACUUGCGCUCGCGGAUGGCCGCCGUCGAGGUUACCGGAAACGGCGCGCGCGAGUGCCCGUGCACGGUCACCUGCCGCACGCGGUUGAACAGCGUCGUCGUGAUGCACACCCGCACGUCGUGCCGCUUCACGCCGGGCAGCUCGAGCAGCGCGACGAGCAUGCGCCGGUCCGAGUCGUAGUGCGUGUCCGCGCGGAUGAUGUACCGCUUGUCGUCCGGGAGGACGGCAGGCGCGGCCGAGACGUACGGUGUGAAGACACCCCCUCCCCCGUCCUGCGGCGAUCCAGCGACGAACAGCACCGACGACGACGAUGGACCCUGCUGGCCGUAAUCGCUAGACAGUGCAUGAACUACAAUCGCGCAGACACG